AUGGCCAAGUCUGGGAGCCAAAAAAGGCGCAGAGAGGCCGAGGCGAUUCAAGAGCAGGCAAUUGCUUCCGCUGCUGAAGUCCCAGGAACCAAUGCCGCACCACCUACCAAGAAGGCCCGAGUUGAAGAACGCCGCUCACUCUUCGUGCGAUCUCUGCCCCCCAGUGCCACCAGCGAGACUUUGACUGAGCUCUUUUCGCAACACUUUCCCGUCAAGCACGCCACCGUUGUUCUUGAUCAAAAGACAAAGACCCCUCGCGGAUAUGGUUUCGUCACAUUCACCGACGCCGAGGAUGCGCUUCAGGCCAAGGAGAAGCUCGACAACCAUCUGAUAGAUGGCCGCCGUCUGAGGCUGGAAAUCGCAGAGCCAAGACACCGUGCCGCGACAAAGGCCGGCGUUACUGUUGACACGCCCCUCGCUGCCGAGAAGCGCAAGAGGGAGGAAGAGGAAGCCGAGGAUCGCAAGCCGCCCAAGUUGAUCAUAAGGAAUUUGCCAUGGAGCAUUAAGACCAAGGAGCAACUCUCAGCUCUGUUUCAAAGUUAUGGAAAGGUCCGGUUUUCCGACUUGCCCAAUUCCAAAGGCAAGCUGUCGGGUUUUGGUUUUGUGACCCUGCGGGGGAAGAAGAAUGCGGAAAAGGCUAUCGAAGGCCUAAAUGGCAAGGAAGUUGAUGGAAGGACUAUCGCCGUUGACUGGGCUGUCGACAAGGCUACUUGGGAGAAGCAGCAGAACAAUGAAGAUGACUCUGAUACGCCCAAGAAGACAAAGACCAAGGAGGCAGACGCCAAGGCCAACGGCAAGGUCGAUCAAGCCAGUACAAAAACAAAACCGAAAGGGGGCGAUGAAUUUGACGAGGAUGAAGAUCUCAAGAACUUCUUCGCCAAUCAAGGUGACAAUCUAGAAGAUGAGGACGAGAGCGACGAGGAUGAUGACGAAGACAAAAGGAGCGAAGAUGAGGAUGACGAAGAUGAAGAGGAGGGCGGGGCAAAUGUGAACGACGAGGACGAAGAUGUGGAAUCUGCCAAGCAAAGACCUCAGACGACAGACAACUCUAACACGCUGUUCAUACGGAACCUACCAUUCACUACAACCGAUGAGCAGCUCAAGGAACACUUCACACACUUCGGUGCUGUCAGGUACGCCAGAGUAGUCAUGGAUCAUGCCACCCAAAAAUCGGCUGGCAAGGGUUUCGUUUGUUUCUUCAACGCCGAGGACGCGGAGUCAUGCCUUCGGGCUGCGCCUAAACACAGGACUGCUCCAACGCUGUCCAAGCACUCUGUUCUCCAAGACGAGACAGUAGAUGUGGAUGGCAAGUACACUCUGGAAGGCCGUGUUCUACAGGUGUCCAAGGCAUUGAGCAAGGGAGAGGCACAACAGCUCACGUCUGAGGCUGCGGCCGCCCGUGACUCGGAGGAGAAGGACAAGAGACGAUUGUUUCUGUUGAACGAGGGCCAGAUACGCCCAGACUCACCCAUUUACAACCAGCUCCCUCAAUCCGAGAUCCAGAUGAGAGAGGCCAGCGCGAAGCAGCGAAAGAAGAUGAUCGAGAGCAACCCCAGUCUACACCUGAGCUUGACUCGGUUGGCCAUCCGCAACAUCCCACGCAGCAUGACAUCCAAGGACCUCAAAGCCCUGGCGCGUCAGGCCGUCGUGGGAUUCGCCACCGACGUCAAGGCGGGCAAGCGCCAACCGCUCUCCAAGGAGGAGUCGAGGCGCGCUGCCAAAACGGGCAAGGAAGCCGAGCACAAGCGUAAGCUGAAGCGUAGCGGUGUCGUAUCACAGGCCAAGGUCGUUUUCGAGAGCAAGGACGGUUCCAAGGUGGCCGAGCCUAGAAAAGGCGCUGCCGCCGACGCCGGUGCCAAGAGCAGAGGCUACGGCUUCAUCGAGUACUCGUCGCAUAGGUGGGCACUGAUGGGCGCGCGUUGGCUGAAUGGUCACGCCGUCGAGGGCGGCACCGGCAAGAAGGCCACGCGUCUCAUCGUCGAGUUUGCCAUUGAGAACGCAAACGUCGUCGCCAGGCGGAGCGCCGCUCAGGACAGGGCAAGAGGUCUGGCUGGGACAGAUGCGGCCAAGCCUCAGCUGAAACCAGGCGACGACACCAGAUUCAAGGGUGAGGUCGCAAAGAGUCGGUCCGACGGGGCCCAGGAGGAGAUGCUGGAGGGAGAAGGUGAGAAGCCUUCAAAGUCGGCGGGUAAAAAAUUGGCAAUGAGGCAGCAGAUCAUUGGUCGCAAGAGGAUGAUGCGCAAGAAGAAGGCAGAGGUACGGAAAGGAAAACGAUAG